UCAGUGGCUCAAGCCAACAAUCCUAACAGCAACAAUUGAUCUUAGACAUAUUUUAGUCGUUAACUUCAGUUGAGUACCCACAUCUAUAUACACGCACGUACACAGACCGUGGUGGCCCUGGGAGGAGACAAAGCCUUCCCUCGAGAUUUUGAUACAUUUUGCAGUAAUUUUAGCAAGAUCCGAGAGGACAGAUGGAAUGCUAUGACAGUGAUCAGCUGUCGAUGUCGACCAGCCCUUCGACUAUCGCUUCGUCUUCUAUUAGUCCCUCGACGCCUCAUGAUCAUGCUCAAUACUCGCCGGGAUCCACAAGCUCCAGCACCAGCCCGCUUGCCAGCAACCCCGACGCCGGUGGAAUAGGCGAUCGCGACCGAGAGCGCCCGUGUCUUGUGUGUGGCGACCGCGGCACCGGGUGCCAUUAUUCGGUAUUUUCAUGCGAAGGUUGCAAGGGUUUUUUCAAGCGAACAGUCCAGAAACAGCUCUUGUAUUCUUGCAGAGGACGUAGUAACAUGGAAGGCUGCUGUGAAAUCAACAAAACAAGUCGGAAUAGCUGUCAGUUUUGUCGAUUCCAGAAGUGUUUAACAGCUGGCAUGAAAACGGAUGCUGUACGAGAAGACAGGCUUCCCGGAGGCAAGCCGAAGCACAAGAAACUCCGCAGCGAAACGACCACUUCCAACCACGGCAGGAUAGACUGUUCUCCGAUGGGGUCAGAGGUCAUUCAGUCCACGACCAACGAUAAUGCACAGACCGUCCAUGAUGACCUGACUGGCAGCGACGUCGAACCUUGGAGACCGACCGUGAAGGCCCUCAUCGAUGCCAAGCCCCAUCUGAUCCCAGAUGCCUCUGCUGGACCCCCGCCAGGUAUGUUGUUUUCCAUGGAUAGCAUGCCAAACUUCAUGCCCCCAUCCCCUAACGAGUUCUCGCCCCCGCCCUACUCCAUCCGCGGCUUCACGGUCCAGGACCUGAUGCAAGGGGGCUUCCAAGAGCUCUACAUGAUCGUCAAGUGGGCCAAGUCUAUACCGGGCUUCCGGCAGCUGUGUCUUGAGGACCAGAUGGCGCUCCUCAAGGCCUCCUUCAUGGAUCUUAACGUCUUACGAUUGGCUUACAGAUCUGUAGAUUGUUUACCCAUGCUCCAAUUCACAACGAAAUGUAUGCUGACGAUAUCAGAAUGCAAGGACCUGGGAUGGGGAGAUCUGAUCAACGCGACGGUCGAGUUUUGCAGCACUCUCCAGGACCUGAGUCUUGACGUGACCGAGUUCUGUAUCUUGAAUGGCCUUGUAGUCUGCUUUCCAGAUGCUCCAGGCCUAGUCGAAGUGGACAGCGUGACCGAGCUUCAGAAGUGCUACCUCGAUUGCCUGCAGAAGUACAUCGCUUCGGCCUUCCCCAAUGAGCCCAAACGCUACGGCAAGAUCCUGAUGCGGUUACCCACGCUGCGCAAGGUCAGCGCAAAGGCUAUGGAGCAGUUCAUGGGUCUCAAGCUGGCUGGGAAGAUCCAGGUCCCGGGUCUGGUGGAGGAGAUGAUGAACUGUACCAUCUAACAGGGGGCCAUUUCACAACACUUGUCAUCAGUGACAAAUGACAGUUUUUGUUAUAAGCUACUGAAAUCCUUGCUUCUGAUUGGCUAUCAGCGGAUUUGUCACUGAUUUUUGUCAUUUGUCAUUGAAAAAGGGCUUUGUGAAACGGGCCCCUGGUUUAAUGUUUUUAUCUGCAGAACUGCAGCCGGAGAUUCUAGCUUGUGACACUGGAACACCAGGGGGGUGUUUCUCAAAGAUUAAAAUCAAAUUUAAGUUGGACUUAACUAUGGCACGCCAGUUAUGUAGCCAGUGGUUGUUCUCGCCAUUAUGAUCUUUGGAUAAUUUUUUUCUUUCAAUCAUGAAUUAUCAAAAAAUAUAAACUCUGUAGAUUUGUGACCACGAUUUUUACGUCCCUUGAGAGACCAGUGGCAGUAAAUAGUGAGAGAAAACAGUGGCAUGAACAGCCUGCCAUAGUUAAGUCCAACUUAAAGUUAAUCUCAUUUUUUGUGAAACACGCCCCUUGUCACUGAAUAGGUGUGUGCACAUGACACAGGAAACUGCAGAUUUACCUAGGUGUUUUUGUAAUGUGUAAAUGAAUGAUAAGAUAUAUAUUGAAGAUGUUUAUGUCACUCUAAAAUUGUGUUGUUUGUAUAUCCCUGUUUGUGUCUGGAAAAAUGUGGCGGCUGGAGAUUCUCGCUCGUGCUACAGGAACACCAUCUCUCCCAUGUGACCAGUCGCUUGCCCUAUUGACCUUGCUUGACCUGGUCACUUCCAAGACUUACACCGUAUGUCCUAGGGAGAGCACUGUCUCUGAUCGAUCACUCACUGAUAUACCGUUUGAAUGGUCACUCAUAGGAAUCACCUCAUCUGACUGGUCACUUUCCAGAUUGACCCUGUGUUUCCCGAUUGACCUUGUGUUUCCCUAUUGACCUAGCUCCAUUGUGACCUGACAUUUGCUUCUGCAACAAUUGUUCCAGGCUUUAUUUCUUCAUACAGCUGUAGGUAUAUUGUUAGUUUUGCCAUUGUGUUAUAGGUUAGGUUAAAGGUAAUACAAAGUUUUGGUAAUAUUUCAACAGGAUUGGAUUAUGAAAUUUAAAAUUUUUAUUAUCAUAGUGAAACCUAGUGUUAGAAUAGCAACUUUGUACAAGUAGUAUUUAGCUUUUUUUCCCUUUCCUUUCUUACUGCCACAGAAAACAAACUGUUUGAUCAAAUCCAUCAAACAGUAAUUAAACAAACAAAGAAAAACAAAAGAUCUAUCCAUGUUUUUAUGCAAUCUGAUGUAAUAGCACCUGCACACAUGUGAACCUUCUUAUUUUUAGAGACUUUUGAGAAUACAUCAAUAAUACAUAUUAUGUAUUAUGACAAUAAUGAUGAUGUUACUACAUGUGUGUGAUUCUAUAUUUACAAAGGUCAUUUUGUCAACAUUUCACACUGACUACACAAAUAAUACUUUUGCGGGAAACUUGACCUAUAAGUAUAUCUACGCUUUAGAAUACAACUCAUUCUUAGAUCCUUAUCAAAUGAUAGUGAAACACGGUCAUGUGUGUUUCAUUUACUGAGACUAUUCCAUGUUUUUUUAAAUGAAAAAGCGUGCAAUAGUUUCCAGAAUUAUCCCAGAAAGUUACGGUUUGUGUGUGUGCUUAGAGGUUUAAGCGAACUUAUACUGUGUGUGGGCCUAUACUUUUAUAUCCUUGUGCUUUAAAGAUGAAGUUGAGUUCUGGUCAUGCAAUUGCAUUGUGAAAGAAACCGUGUGGAAUCAAUCAGAAAAGGUUGAUCAUGUAGCAUAAUUAAG